AUGAAGAUCACGCGAACACCUUGGUCUGAACAGGCAAACAGCCUCUCCUUCCAGCAAUCGGAGUGCGGUAAGUAUGCGCACAGAAUCCCUUCUCGGGUCAGCCGUGAUCUGGAUUCAGAAUCGAGGUGCGAAACCACACGUGCUCCUUCCACACCGCUCUUCCUUAGGGGAACCGCCUGCACACCUGCGAGUGAAUCACGCUCGCUUGGGAAGGCGCAACGCUUGGAGGCGCGUGAUUCCUCUCUCUGUCUCUCUCUCUCUUGCACCCCCUCCCUCUCUCGCCGCCUUAGUCAACACCCGCACUCCUGCCCUCCCAAACUCCAGCUCUUUGGCUUCCCAUCUUGGAGAAAACGAGGUGGAGGCGCUGGCAGAAGCAGUGACUCAUGCCUGCGUCGCAACAGAUCAGCCGGCGAUUCGCGCUUUUUUAAAAAAAGCGAAUCUCAAGUAUGGGGGGGGGGGCGCUAAGGUCAUCUCGAAUUAAAUGCCAGGGAAGCCAUUGAUAUUCCGACGUCGUUCGUGGCGGAGUUUAUAAACGGCGAAGUUCUUCCAAAACGAAGAUUUCUCCAUCCUCCGCCGUUUGGGUUCCUGGAGUUGGAGCCUGGGUUGGUAAGUCUCUCUUGAUUUAUUUUAAAAAAUUUUCCAACGAAAAAGAACUCGCCCCUCCGUUCUUCCCGGAGGAUUUUGGAGGCUUUCUUUCGAGACGGUAGGGCUGUCUCCGUACUUAGAAUUGAGGAAAUGAUAUUCGGUAUUGGAAAGCUGAUGUUUAGGAGGAAUAACCUGUUACUUCACUUUCCACCUUGGCCCAGGACGUAUCCCCGCAUCUCUAUCUCUCUCUCGUUCUUUCUCUACCUCCGGAGAUUCAGGUUUGUGACUCGAAAUUAAACGCGUGUAGACAAGAUGCAAUCCUUCACCCGGCUGACCCACAACACCCCGGGGUGCACUUUAUUCACGAUAACUUUUUUCGUUUGGUGAUGAUGCCACGGUGACAGGUGGCGUUAAAUCUUGACCAAAAUUAAACCUAUCUAUCUCCCGUGAGCUUAGAUUUUGAUGUGUUUUUUAAAAAAACAUUAUUAUUAAAUAACGUGGACCAAACAGCUUUGAAGUCCAAACUCCCGAAUGAGGUUGAGAUCAUGUAUUGAUCGAUCCUCUGCUUUCUGACGACCAAUGAACCUCCGGAAGAGGGUUGCUGGACGCGGAACGAAAUGUCUUCCCAAAGCAGCGCCAAGAACACGCGCCGAGAGAGCGAGCCCCAGGAAGGCCAGCCUCUGUAGAACACCUCAAUUUUCAUUCAUUCAUUCAUUCAUUCAUUCAUUGUAUAAUUCGUUUGUGCGCAUUCAGAGGCGCAAGUUGCCCUAUAAGAAUAGAUCGGCUUGGCUGCUCCUUUCCCGCAAUAUUUGCCCCCCAGUUCGCCUCCCUCGACGUCGUUUCGUUUGCCUUUCGUAAACCUGCGAAGGGAGAAGGCGCCCCGAGGACCACCACCGGGAUCGCUCGGAGAUCUUUCUUCCACAAGCCAUCGCCGGUCUCUUCCUCUCCCGACGCGUUUCUCCGCUUCCCCAUUCGCUCCGAGCCGUCGCCUCCUUCGCUGCCCAUUGAGCAAGAAGGGGCGUCGAGUGAGUGAGUGGCCGGCGGCGGCCAUCCUCCUCCUCUCCCUCCUCUCCCUCCUCCCACCUGCCCUUCCCCUCCGCCGCUUUGCUUCCAGGGGCGAAGACGAAUCGUGCUCGGCUCGCCAGCCCCGUCCAGACAUUUCCCCCGCUCGCUCGCUCGCCAGCCAGCCAGCGCUGCCUCAUAAAAACCAACGAGGUGUCGUCGCCUCCAGCCAUUUCUCCAGCCACGUCGCUUUGUCUGAGGAGAGGAGGCGGGCGAGAGAUCCGCGCACCUCCGAGGAAGAAAGGGAUCCUUCUUCUUCUCCUUCUCCCCCCGCUGGAGGUGCAACAAGGUCCCUUUUGUGCGCGCCCUGCCCUCCCCACCUCCGACGGCCUGCGACUUGGCGCCCAGUUGAAUGGCUUCUCGUCGCGCCUUGGCCGAAGCGAGAGGAAAGAGAGGGGGCGGGGGGGGGACCGAUAGUCACAGCCCGAAACACACACACACAACCAUACACACAACACCACACAUACACACACACACCCUCUCUAAACCCGCCUUUCUCUUCCCUUGCAGUAAAUCAUUCUGCUGGGAUCGGAGGAAGGCUAAGGCGAGAAGAAGACGAAGCAGCCCGGGAUCCAAGGGCUUUGCCUCAGCACCUCAUGGCGACCUCGGACCCGUCCUCGUCCAACACGGCUCCGGAUCCCAAUCCGAGCAACUUGCGACCCACAAGUAGGUCUCGCCUUCCCGUCUCGCGCCGCCUUCGUUUGCUGCCGCGGUUGGGGCGGCCACGCGUCGUCGUCGUCGUCGUCUUUUCUCGGCGGGUGGGUGGCUUCCCCACAAAAUUCGACAUUCGCCACAAAAACCACCGCGACCGAGAACAACCGACAUGGAAGCUCGCCUUCGAACGAGAAACCCCUUUCCCUCCACUCCCCCAAAAAACACGAAUUCAAGCCGAAACCGUGGGGUGGUGGGCGUGGGUUCGGCUUGGGGAAAAAACAAAGGAACCAAGGAAUCUGGGGCCAUUGCUACAAAAACGAGAGAAGGGGUGGCAAGGUGGGGAGGAAUAAAAAGCCUGUUCGCUGAGGAGGACUUUGUACGCGGCUGCUGGAGCGGGGCGUGAGGGGCGGGUCGGGGUCUCCGACCAUUUUUCGGGCCGGCGCCAAGUUCCACCGGUGGUUUCUGACGCGCGGCGCGAGUCCCUUCCCGCCGUUUCUUUUUCCUUUUCCUGAGGUAAUCUCUGAUCCAAGGGGCCAAUGGAGGCUAUUCGAGAGGCUUCCCACCCCCAUCCCUUGUCCCUAACUGCCCCGUGUUUUGCCUGGAGUUAUUAAGGUGUGAGUCGGAAGGGGAGGGCGCGAAGGAGCCGGGUUUAUAGCUUUCGGCUAGACAGACAUUCGGCAAACCCGCGGAGGGGGAGAAAAAAAAAGGCGGGAGGAGGGGGCGCGGCGGCGGCGGCGGCUUGAAAUAAGCCUGGACGACAUAAUCACCCAAAGCGGGGAGGGCGAUAAAUGGAAGCUUGGCAAAAAGCGAGGAAGAGGUCCGCCCCCCUUGGAAGGGGUUGUGAAGCAUGGACACCCCCCUCAUUAUUGGGCCACAUGAGGGGAGGCUAAACCCACCGGGCGAAAAUAGCUUUUUUGUGUGUGUGUGGUGGCCUGGCGCCUGUUUGUUUGUGUUUGUGUGGUGUUUUUCUUUCCUCUCGCCUCCGAGCUGUCAAAAGCUCCCCUAAUUGUUUCAAGGCGUUUCACGGAAACCCGUGGCGGGCUUUUAUUGGGGGGAGGGACACACGACAAAAGAAGGGUCGAGCGCGGUGUUGUGUAUGUGUGUGCGUGUGUUGUGUAUCUCCUCAGGAAGACUCCCUUCCCUCCGCGACCAUUUCAAGGAAUGCGGCCCCCUGUCAGGUUCCCUCACAGCAGGGAGCAGCGCGGGCUGCGCGCCCUCUUCCCGCGCUCGCGCGGCCAUUGCCUAUUGUUUCCCGACGGCUCUCUCUCGCGCGCUCCCUCUCUCCCGCCUCCUGGUCCGGCUGCGGGGGCGCGCGUGUGAUUGAGGGGAGGGGAUGGAAGAGGUGGUGUGUGUGGCGCGUGUCCCUUGGCCUCCUCUUCUGGUCAUGCUCCACCUCGCCUGAGGCGUCUUAAAAGUCCUGUCAGAGCUGCUUCUCCCGCCUGCCACUCUCCGGUCCCGCCUUCCCUUUCGGCUCCCCGGCGCCCCGUCCUUCGUCCUCUCCGGCUGUCCUUCUUCGGCAGCCGGGCGGCCUCCUCCCUUUCACCUGAGGCGACCUUCUCCCGCUGCCUCCUCGCCGUCCUUGCGCCUUUCCAGCCCGCUGACCCGCUGGAAGGGCUCUCCACCCGCGCCAUUUGUCUUCUUCCCGUUCCCUUUCCCGCCCUUCUCUUGCCUCGCCGCUUUUCUGCUCUCUUUCCCUCUCUGCCUGAUGGCUCCAGUUCGACCACCACCACCACAACAACCCCCAUUUUAUUUUAUUUUUGCCAUACAUUCCCACCCCCCACCUCAGCAAGCAUCUCUCCAACUCUUAAGCUUGGAAUCUCCCCCCUUCCCCAUAGCUGUCAACUUUUCCCUUUUCUUGCGAGGAAUCCUAUUCGGAAUAAGGGAAUUUUCCUUUAAAAAAAAGGGAAACGUUGACAGCUAUGUCUUCCACCCUUCAAAUGCGCUCUGUACCCCGCCACCAUUUCCCUGGGCGCGCCUUCUCGCGCCCGCCUUCCUGCCUCUUCUCGUCCUCCCGGCCAGAGCGCCGCCUACAGGCGCGUUUUUUAAAAAGCGUGAAAGGGGUGGUAGUAAAGGCGCGAGACCCAGCGCGCACUGCGGCCGGAGCCGAGGCCCAGCCUUUUCAUUUAGACAUUUCUGUUCUUUUUUCCAAGGGGCAGGCGGGGGCGGGGAAGCCUCUCCUUCGUAUUUGCUGUCCUCUCCGACAUGCCGGUUUGAGACCGUGGUUGCAUCCAUACUUAAAAGGAAACGAGCUCCACGAAUGCCAACGGACACCUGCUUUCAAGGGGUGUGGAUCGCAUGGAAAGCCUGGCGAUCUUUCUUGAAAGGAAGUUGCGUUGGAACCAGGGGGUCCCGAAAGGAUGCAUCUACAAAGGCCAUAAAUCUCAACUCCGGAGCAGUUACCCCCUUUGUAUUGGGACCUAAAACAAUGGCCAAGUAAUACACCGCUAGCUAGAACCUUUAUUCUCCCUCCUUCUUUCCUGCGUCCCUCAGUCUAGCACUGGCUUUACUCCAGGCCCAGCUUUUGGUCCCUUGGAGAAAUGGGGUGUGCUUGUUUCCACAAUUCUUGUUUCCACAAUUCUAAUGCAGGGUUUUAACUCCACCCACCGUGUUUUGCUUAUUUAUAGGCAAUCGAAUUUUUCUCUUUCCUUCCCCCACCCCACUCCAUUAAUUGCUUCGGAUGGGCUCUUCCAUUUCCCUCUCUUUCUAAUUUCUUCCAGGAGUAGUGGGGGAGGAGAGAGCACAUUGGAAAUCCACUUAAUGAAUUUCAAGUUGGAUUUCACAGAAAUACACGGCAGUCAGGCAAGCUAGUUGUCUUCUUCAGGCAUUGCCAGUAUCCGUGCUUUGGGACAUGCAGCUUAGGUUUCAUUUAGGCCGCCUCCUGAAUAAUGCACGCAUACCUUUUAAACUUGAAAACAUGUUUUAUAAUACCGCUAGCGCUUUAGAGUUUAAAGAGUCAGAAUAAAAUACGCUUUUCCUUCUGGGUUACAUUCACACGGUGUCCUUUCUUAGGAUCCGGGUUAGUCAUUGGCAGAGCCGCAGUUACCGGGCAUAGAAGCCAGCUGCCAAAUAGGCUUACUCGGAAGUAAAUCCCCCUGAGUUCAGUGAGGCUUACUAAUGUAUUCCUUAACACCGUGGCAGAGCCGUUUCCAAUUCUCCUGGCCUCCUGAAGUCUCUCGGCCCGCUGGGGCUUUGAUGGUUGGCAAUCAAUUAUCUUUCUGUUUCCUUCCUCCUGCGAUUUGUUUGUGGGGAGUUUUGUUUGUCUCUUCCCUACUUUAUCCCUUUCUAUUUGCCCUGUCUCGUUUCAGUUAGUGCCCCAAACUAACUCACACUUGCCUAAAUCUGAAUGAAGGUCGUUGCAGCCUCUCCCACUUUCAGCACCGCCUGAGAUGGACAGCGCAAUGCGUGUUCCAACUGCCAGAUAGGGGUUGCGGGCAGUAUGAAUGGGGUUGUCUCGAAAAAUGGGGAGCAGGAGGACGUGAGGGGCCUUUCAAUGUGUCUCCCUGACUCGUCAUUCCGGCUGCAACCUAGUCAUGCAAGUCUGAUCAUCUAGUCAAAUACUAUUUUUCACCCAAUUAAUUCCUGAACUCUUCCAUGACCCCAUUUCAUGCCAGUUUAUUUUAAGCUGCCACUUUCCUGGAGCAGUGCCAAUAAAUUAUUAGGAGAUAGUCAGGUCUCUCUCUCUCCUCCAGCUGCUUUGUCUCUUCCGGGUAGUACCUAUACUGCCAGCGACUCGCCUGCGCGCUUAACCUGCUAUUCCCUCCCACCCACCACCCACCUCGUGAUUCCUUCAUUGGCCCCAAAGGCUCCCUUAAAAGGAAAGCGUGCUCGACUUUGUUAUAAGAUCACGGAAAUCACAAACUGGAGGCUUGAUGGGGAACUUGGAAUAGCAGAAAGCUGGGGGAGGGGGCGGCGGCAUGAGGUUUCUUUCCGUUGUCUAAUGGGGCUGCGACUAGACAACAAAGACUUUUGUUGUGCUCGUACCAGAUAUCACAGGGGAAGUGGAACUAUGUCUUUGUUUGGACCAAGGACUGCAAGCCUCCCAGUCCUUGCGUUGACCUGGAGACAUUAACGUAAAGCAAACACACCUGUGCGAAAAGAUGCAGGUAUCUGCGCUGAGAAUGGAGGCCUGCCAUUUUCUUCCACCAGCCCUCACAUUCAUACCGGAGGCAUUCUUGAUGAUCCCAAAGACGUUUCAUUUUAGAGUUAAGCCUUCUAGCUGUCAUGAGGGUAGAAAACAGAAAGAUAAAAUGCGUUCCGCUUGGAGCAGUCCCUGCCCUGCGUAAGUCUUCGUUCCCACCACACCUCUCCAAUAACCCCUUCUAGGACAGUGGAGAAGGCACUCUGCUUAUGGCCGGCUAAAACUGUUUGCCCAUUCACCUUUUGAGUGGCAUCUGCUGCAAUAAGGUAAAUUAAGAUUGAGAUGCCAGUGUAAUUGCCGUCCCCCCAUUACCCCAAAUCGCCAGUGCGAUCAGUCAGUCACCUUUUGGGACCCGUUCUCUCUUUUGUCUAGCAGAACAUUAUGGUCUGCUAGUGGGGCUGCUAAAUAUUUCGUUUGCGUUCUGAGAGCUGCAGUAUAUUUUUUAGAGCCAGGUCUGCCGCUCCUUCGAAGCACAGCAGCUGGGGAUUGCAAAGUAGGCUGCACCGCUCAUUUCCACGGCCAUAAACCUCUCGUCUCUGUUCCUUUCAGCUUAUGACACCUGGUGUGGUGUGGCUCAUGGCUGCACGAAGAAAAUCGGGCUGAAGAUAUGUGGUAAGUGAAAAGAUGCGCGCGCAAGAAAUCGUGUAGCUCCGGUCAUAUUCUCUCUGCGUCUGUGUCUCUUUCUCUUUCCUUCUCUCUCACCUCCUUCCCUCCCUCAGGCUUUGUCUUGAAUCCAUAAUCAUCCCCGAAGCUUUUUUAUCACUUGCUUAAACCCAUCACCGCUCCCUUUCUGAAGCAACUGGGUUGGCCGACCAGAGAAAAAGUAGGCCACCUCUUUUAUCUGCAGAUAAACGCAAGAAACGGGAACGAACCCGCAAAGAAACGUUUCUCCUCCCCUCUUCCUCCGCCCACGGAGAAGUGCGACGAGGCCACCAUCAGCAAUGCCCCAAAUUCGUUUUCAAGGAGGUGGUGGGAUGGGCGGGCUGUGUGUCUGUGGAAGAGCGAAAUUGGCGCUUCUCUCUAAUCCUGUGCUAGAGGCUCUUGCGCCACCUACUGUCCGACGCAAGCACAGGCCGUCAGCAGCCAGGGCAAAGCGCAACUGGAGGUAGAAUUUACUGGUUCCCCAUUAAAUUGACCUACUGGUGCUAGAAAACAACAACUGCGGCUGCUGGAAAUACACCACAGGCCUUUUUCCCCCCAGGGCAUUUGAAGCGAGAUGGGCGUUUAGCAGAUGGAUAGCGCGACACCUGUGCGCAUUUGCAAGAGGUCCCUUGGACUGGAGACCCUCUGCCCAAAAAGAACUGCAGGUCCUUUUGCGCGUGCGAUGCAGCUGGUAGAUUAAACAGGGCUAGCUUUAGGAAGAAGGCAUCUCCGCAAUUCUGCUCCUCCUGCCCACCUCAAAAGGGGUAACUCCUCCUGAAGCCUCCGGGUAUCCAGCUCCCUGCGGCGACCCUGUGAAACGGGGGUCGUCGAGGAAGGCUGGGGAAGGGGGUGUGGCGGCGGCGCAAGACCGAAGGCGAGAGCGAGCAGCAGGAGGAAGGGAGCGCUUGCCAGGCAGCGAGUUGGGGCUGCUUUGCCACAUCUCACUGUCUGAAAUUUUUCAACCUUAUCGGCCCAGAAAAUACGGAUCUCCUGGGGGAGAAAGAUUAACGAGAGCCUUAUUAAAGAGCCAUUCGUCAGGCUGCUGCGUCCGGGAGAUAGGAGGCUGGCAGCCAGUCAGCGCUCGGGUGUCUUGAAGUGAAGGGAGGAGGAAGGCGAGCAAAUAAUAUGCCGUCAGAUUGCACCCGCUACAGCAAGAGAUUCAUUUGCGGAUAACGAGACUGUCUGCCUCUCUUUAGAUUUCUUUAUAACACCUAGGAAAGAAGGGGGGCGGGGACGCCUAAGCCCAGCCAUACCUUGGUCCAUGUUUUGCUUUUCGAGGUUUUAAAUGCAUUUAACAAUAGCCCGGUCCUGUGUGCGCUUGCUCGUAAGAAAACCCCACUGAACACCAUGGGGUUUACUCCCCAGGAAAAUAUGCACAAACUCCCGGCCUUUCAACAGAAGCCCUUUGCGCGCUUAUUUGGGAGUAAGGCUCGGGUUAGGGACUUGCUUCUGGGUAAACACGCAUAGGAUCAGGCUGUGAGAGAAGCGCUUUCAUCAAAUCACGUGUGUGCUCUUAAACAUCCACUUGCAUGCAGGCAAGCACGCACUCACACGUUUUUCACUAAUAUUUCAGCAUGCCAGAGGGUGGUGGUGUAUUUUAAAGACGAAGGAAACGCACGGGAGUUUGGAGCCGGAAUUAAGGCGCGUCUGAAAAGCACCAGCGCCGAGGUUGCUUUAACCCUUCCAGCCCAGCAGAGGUUGCCUUGGAGCCGAAGCAAGGACUGCUAUUAACUUCUUCCUCUUCUAUAAAUAGCUCCUGAUCUGGGCUUAAUGGGCCGUUUCCUUGCUGGUCCCUUCAGUGGCUGGAGCGGCGAGGGUUUUUUCAUCAUCAUUUUAAUUUAGCUCGGCAAGCAGAACUGAUAAAGUAACGCGCCGCUGCCUCUGGUUGCUAGACUACCGGGGUUUAUGGAGGAGCAACCCUUCUGCUGCCACUAAACAAAUACAGACCGCUAGAAAUACUGCGCGCUCUCCCAACAACCGUUGUCAAUGCAGCACGGUGGGCAACAGCGCGAUCCCCAAACCGGUCGAGCUGUUAAAGGCUUUAAAUCCAGACCUGCAGCUUAUAGAACAUUUUGGACUGAGCCGCAAAGUCCAGCUGGUGGUUUAGAGCAGUUUUUAAGGUGUCCCAAGUCUCCGUUGGUGGUAGUGUUUUGUGGCCAGCGUUUCUUUAUUAUUUUUCCUUGGGCGGGGUUGAGCGCGCCUGCAUCCUCCCACUUAAUAAAAUACAUGCAUUUCUAAGCUGCUUUAGAAAUUUUAAACAACGGGACCUCCUUAAGCUGCAGCCAUUUGAUCGCUGUUAGAUUUGUUCGUUGGUUUCAGGCUUCCCUAUGCGGAAAGGGCAGGGUAAGGUUUGCGCAGAUUAGUUAGAUCCACUUUAAUUCUUUCCAUAUUAAAUUCAAAAGAGUCUGAUUUCUCACAGUUGGGAAUCAAAUUUUCAUCGUGUGUGUGUGUAUGUAAAUCCUUUCGUUGCGUCUGACGCUUCCAAACGUCGUCGGUUGCCGGGCCAUUAAGGACUUUCAAGUCGAUUACCCUGCGCGAUUGAUCAGUUAAUUAGCCAGCCCAUCAAAGCGAGUAUUAUGGUCUCUCAAGGCAGGCGCUGGCUGGCGGAUGCUUCCUGGAGCAAAAACGUGCCGACUUAUAGGGGACCAAUCACCCGUUUUGUCCAGAGUUGUGAAGGCGUCUCGCCGGACUUGAGGCACCUAACCCAGAUGUCUGUGCAAAGCCGAAGUAACUUUCGCGAAAGGCAGACCUAACUAAAAAGCGGACUGAAGAUUAUUAUUUUUUUAAGCCAGCUGUGAAUAAAUUAUUAUGGAGGUGAUGCUGUGCAUCUUGGUCUAACCGGAAAGGCAGAAGAUGUGAGAAAAUUACUGUAUUUAAGCUCAGGAAUAUUCGCAUUUCUUUUCCCGGCGCCCACACCACCCGUGGAUACAUGAUUUUCCGUUUGAGAUAUUAUAUAAACCAGGCCUGGAAAACUUGCUGCACUGCUCCCUGUUGCUGGAGCCUAACAUCCACCCAUCAUCCAUUGACCGUACUACCUGAUGGGCUUUUGAGUCCAUCAACUUCCGGAGGGCUGCCGGUUCCUCACCUCUACGGUGAAUUAUAAUCUCCUCCCUGAGAACUAGCAACUCUGUUUGAGGAUCCCGGUUCCUCAAACUCCUUUGGUGUCUGCAAAAAGAGGGAGGGGCAAGAGAUCUCGGGAUCCCACCAGGGGGACGAAGUCAUUCAGAGAUCUGAAUUGAGAUCAAAUCCUACAGAAUUCGAUUUACUUCUGAGAAAGCACUUGUUGUCAGACAGCGCUGCUCCCUUGCCUUGCCUUGACUGUCUUUUAGCGCCUACAAACCCUGGCGGGGGCGAUCGCACCCUGAAAAUAGUUAUUCACAUAAAUAAGUAAGUAAAUGCAAAGCGGCCUCGCCUCAACUUCUUUUGAUUUCAGCGGACUUUCCGAUUUCUCCCCGUGGAGUUUCCAGGGACGCGAAGUCUGGAUAAAGGGGCGUCUCGCCAAGACUGCGACCGCCAACUCGGUGUGACUUAGGUGGCUGCAAUCCUUUACCUGGAACUGUGACUCAAUGGAACUUGCUUCUUGAGGGAAGAGACAUGUUUAGAAUUGCGCUAUUAUCCCAAAGUAAGAGUGCAAAGGAUUGCCGCACAAUUGGGAAGAAAGGCCACCGAAAUCCAGCGGGAUAUAUUUUCCCCAAAUAUAACGGGUUUAGGAUUUGUGCUGCUUGAUCGAUGCUGACCACGCCUAGGCAUGUUUAUUCAGGGAAAUAAGUCGCGCUGCGUCCCGUGGAAAUCACUCCUAAGUAAAUGCGCGCAGGAUGAAGAAUUGCCAAACGCGAUGGUGCCAAAGAACAGAACAGAACAGGGAACAUGAGGCCAUAUUGUAUUUUUAUAUAUCUCACCUGUCCCCUAAAGACGUCAAGGAGAUUUGAACCGCUGACACCUAGUUAGGGAAGUUCUCAAAGGACACAAGAGUUCUUAUUCGGAAGUGUCCAAAGCAAGAAAAAUAAAAGAAACACACAACACAUAUCCCUUCUGUUCAGCCCAGUAGAAACCACAGAGAUCUUAAAACUACCGCAAAAGUUACCACAGUGCAUCCCAGAAGCUAUACACUAAUAGAAAGCGUUUUACGGGAGCGAUUAGGUUUGAAAACCCUCUAGGAACAAAGCAGAGAACACUUCCAGCGGGACGCAGCAUAGAGGCCACACACUACUUCCUGUGAGAUGGUGGAUACAUUGGUUUAAUAAAUGAAUAAAUAAAUAAAUCCGUUAACUUGCAAACCAGGUAAACUGCAGUCGUUCGACAUGAACAGUAUUUACGAAAGCAGGACCCAUAAAACUGUUUCCUUUUAUGCAAGUUUAGAUUCUUAAAACUUUUCAAUACCAUCCAAGCUUGUGCCCUUGGGUCGGUUUCGGUGUUUCGCAUUCAUUCAUGAUGCGCAAUGGAAAUAAAUGCCAGGUUCAAUUUAUGUUCAAAGGUACACAAAGACUAGGGAAACUUCUCUAUUCUGAGGCGAAUCAGAGUGGAAAGUAAUUUAUUCUCUGCUGGCCCCAGUGCUUGUUUUCCCGGUAUAAUUAUUUAAUUCGAGUAUUCAAGUCGUUUUGUUGCCAUUCUUCCAUUUUGGUGUUUUGUUGCGUGUUCCUUUGUCUCUUAGACCCAACUCGCAGCCGGAAGGAAUACGCUGCUUGUUUUAGAAAGAAGCGAACCCAACGCCCUUCCCCAUCAGCCAAUCAGAGUGAAGUAGGACUCCUUUCCUAAUUGGCUAUGCUCUCCUUUAUGUAAUGUGAGCCGCGCUCGGAUUUAUCCAAUGAGGCUUCAGUAGAACAUUCACAAAAUUUCUGCGGUGGUUCUUGGGUGGGCGGACUAUAGAACGCAGUCGCUCUCGUUUCUAGUCCUCACGGCCGCUGUAAUAGAGCGAGGUCGAAAACGAAAAGGCUGCGGAAGGUUGGGUCGCUUGCUCUCAAAGGUGGUCCAUGGAGACCUUAAGCUCGGGGGCGGUCUGUCAGAGAGCGCUAUAGUGGAGCUGGGAUUUUGUUAUUCCUUCCUGCCAUAGCUGUCAACUUUCCCCCUUUUUUAAGGGAAACCCUAUUCGGAAUAAGGGAAUUUGCCUUUUUUAAAAACGGGAAACGUUUAAAAAAGGGAAAACUAUGCUUCCUGCUUCCGCUCUAUCUUAUGAGCAACCCAGUCCUGUGGUCCCAAUGGAGACAGACUGGUCUAGUAGUCAAAAUUCAUAGCCCUCCCUUUGACUAUAGAGCAGUAUUAUUAUUUAAAUAAACACCUUAUAGUUUUCGAUGUUCGAAUCCAGAAUGGGAUGAGCUGUGUUUAAAGAGUCUCGCUCGCUCGCUCGCUCGCUCACACAAACACACAAAUUGUCAUUUUUCUAUAACUAUGCCUCUCAGUAGUUUAAUACUAUUUUCUCUAAGGCCUUUAAAUCUUGCCCUGAAAAUAAUUGGCUUCCUUUUAUAUGCCCAGUAGCGUCAGAUCAAGUUGAAUUACCUUCUAGGAGAGUGGGGAAGGGAGAGAGAAUCUACUGUAAAAUAAUUGCCCAAUUUGUACCUAUUACUUCAAUGUCGCGUGGAUGCAGCAACCUGGUUAACUUUAUUAGCUGAAGAUUUCCUGAUACAUCAUCCUCACAGAAGUUCAAUUUGGUUUGUUUUUUAAAACAAGAAUAACUGAUUAAAUCUUUAAAUGGGAGGAGGAAAGGGGAGGGCCAGCCCUGGCUGGCUCUAGACAGGCCCCGCUAGAUCUCGUUUUAAUUAACUUUUCUGGAAAUGAGCAGCGUUGGACUCCCGCCCUCCUUUCUGGAUGCACCGAAGGACGGAAAGAAUAGCACAACUAGUACAGUUGAUGGUUAUCAAGUAAGCCUUGCCAAGGAGAAAUAGAAGAAAUCCAAUGCGGCAGACAGGGACGCUCCUGUUAUCUGUGCCACUUGUUCAAGGAGACCGACGGGUCUACUAAAUUCUUAGGGCCACGAUCUAACGAAGUGAAGCGCCCUUUAAUUCCUGGAGUCCAUUGGUGAUCUGAGAGUGAUUGACUUUGGCUGAAUUCUCGGCUCUUUAUAGGUAAACAGGUAAAGGACCCUUGGACGGUUAAGCGCAAAGGCGACUAUGGGGUUGCUGCGCUCAUCUCGCUUUCAGGCAGAGGGAGCUGCGUUUGUCCACAGACAGCUUUCUGGGUCAUGUGGCCAGCAGGACUAAACCGCUUCUGGCACAACAGAACACCUUGAGGGAAGCCAGAGCGCACGGAAAUGCCUUUUACCUUCCUGCUGCAACGAUAUCUAUUUAUCUGCUUGCACUGGCGUGCUUUCCAACUGCUAGGUUGGGAGGAGCUGGGACAGAGCCACGGGAGCUCAGCAUCUUGCGGGGAUCCAAACCCUCAACUUUCUGAUAGGCAAGCCCAAAAGGCACAGUGAUUUAGACCACAGCGCCACCUGCGUCCUUCUUUAUAGCCACGACCACGCGAUGCCAUUGCUCACGCGUUGCUCCACAUUUUAAUCCUUUGCUGAAAGGCCAAACCCCAUUCCAAUACGCUUUGUGGGGGCUUCAGCUCAAGGGACCCCCGUUAUCAUUCUUUCAGUUGUUGGCAAGCUCAGUGCCUUUUGGAAUUGAAGAAGGCUGAUGUCCUCUCCAGUGCAUCAAGCGCGCGCACACAGAGCACACGCGCACUCAUGGAACCGUAUUCUUUGGAGAACAGCGACCCCUUCGUGUCUCUUUACGCACCAAAAAAACCUAAACUGAACUUGGAGAGACAUAAAUAAUAGGGGGAGACUUAGGUUCAAUUUCCCCACUCACGGGGUGAUCUUGAGCUUCUCUUUGCCAGGGCUUUAUUAUUAGUAUUAGCAUUAUUUUAUCCAUACCCUGCUUAUCUGUCUGGGUUUCCCCAGUCACUUUGUGGGGAGAAUUCCUCUCUGACCGCUUUUAGAGCAAGAGGUAGGGGAGCUGUGGCUCCUCCAGAAAUUUAUGGGACUCCACCUCCCAUUAGUUGCAGCCAGCAUGCCAAAUGGGUCAUGGUGGAUGGGAGUUGUAGUCCAGAAACAUUGGGAGGACCAGUAGCUUCCCGAUCGCUGCAUUCGUUCCUCUCUCGCUUUUUGAGCAGAAAUCUAAAAUUAAGAUUGCGGUAGUUUGCCUGUCACAAGCGGGGACCUCUGGUGGAUGAGUCAGUGGAGUCACGUUUUGCAGCCUUCCUCGGCUGAAAACUUUAUUUAAAAAAGCAAGCUCCCCCCUCUCUUCGGUCCGAUGCGCGCGCGCUCUAGCGAAGACGCGACACCUCCCAAGUUUAUUCUUGGCACCGUGUGCUUUCGCCUUGAAAGGGAGCCCCCGCUGGCACGUGCCUUUCUGUAAACCCCACCCGCCCCCCCCCUCUCCUGCCUCCCACUGAAGUCAGCGGGACGUUUUGCCUUGGGCUACUCCUUGCAAUGGGGGGUGGGGGGGAGGCCUGGCUGUCAUCACGAGGAAGGAACCGCGAGGGCGUGAGUGAGCCGGAAGAAAAGGAAGCGCGUCCCAAAAUCGUGAGCCUGAGUCAGAGCGACAGGAGAAGACAGAAAUAGCGACUGCUUUGGGGGGCUUCCCCUCCCGCACCGGCACUUGCACGCACGUCUUCCUCUUCGACUGACGACGCAGUUCUUCGAAGGAAGCUAUGGGAUCCGUGCAACGGGCUCCCCACGGAAGGCAACAGCAGAGAAGGCAACCACUUGGUUCCAAUCAGGCCUGAUGGUUGCUAGCUAUGCUCAGAGUAGACCCUCCAGUCUACUAACUAACCUAACGCCCAUUAUUUUCAAUAGCCCUACCCUUGUUUGGGCAGAAACAUACAAUGCUAGUGUCUAUUCCGUGUUACAGCAUCGGUACAUCUAACCUCCUCUGUCUUAUCUACACGAGCUGGCUGCGGCCUUCUGGGACUUCAGGAAAGGCUCUUUCCCAUCCCCUUCGUGGAGAUGCUGCGAGUUGAACCCACGACCUUCUGGAUGCACAGCAGGGGCUCUGCCGCUGAGCUACAGGCUCAGGGCCACCCAUUCUACACUCACGAGUGGGACUUGCUUCGGAUUAAACGUUUCCCAGGAGUGGGGUGUCCUGCUCCUCCAUCGGGUUUCUUUGCACCUAAAACGUUUCUGAAUAGGAGCUAACUUUCGUUAUUUCCCCAUCCCUCUUUUACAGUGCAAGCCUACGCACGUUUACUCAGAAGUAAAUCGCACUAUGCUGAAAGUGGCUUCAUCCUAGGUAGAAGUGUGCAUAGAUUGGAAGCCUUGAUUAUGGUUAUUAUGAUUAUAGAUUUUUUAAAAAGUAAUAAUCAGAAAUAAAUAAGAAUAAAAAUGUGCACCCUUUCCCGGAGACCAUUCCAUUGCAACUAUCCAACGUCCCAAAAUUUCAACACUUCUUGCGAUGAUUUUGACCCCUUUCCGUUUUAACUACAAAUUCUACAAACACCCUCCAUAUCUCCUCAAAAUCAUUUCUCCUGCAUAUUCCCCGUCUUACCUUAAUGGCACAUGUUAAUUUAUCAUUAAUAGCUAUAUCGCACAGAUCUUUAUACUAUUCUUCCAUUCUGGAAUGAAGACUGGGAGCCUUAAACAUGAUCUUUAUCUUUAUGUCUUAAUUAAAAAAAAAAAGUAACCAAACUGAUGAGAGAAUCCUGUUCGGAAAGUCUCUUUUUUUUAAGGUUAUAUAAAAACAAGAGUAGAGGUCGUUCUCUUUUUAUUUUGAAUUCGUUUGCGUCGAAAUCUAUGGCAGUUAUGUGCGUUGCGAGCUUAAUACUGACGAACUGAUGGGGGGGACGCAUUCAUUCACGCCCCCUACCCCCGCCCCUUCCCACGAAGGAAAUAAUUCUCUUUCGGGGGAUCUGAAGCGAGCGCAGCCUUCCAACAUAUAGAUUAGCCUCCGAGGUGGUCCCAUUGAAGCCAGGCAUAAUAGGGCAUCUGUUCCCAUGGCAACGAAAAGCAAACGCGGAAAGCGGGGGUAGAGUCUGACUGGAGCCGGGAAGCUUUGACCGAUUAAUCAGCAGCCGCCGGGGACCGACGGACGCGCAUUCGCCGUGGAUUUCAGAGCGCGAGCGCCGAACUAGAUUUCCUGAAGGGAUGCCACAUCCUAAAGUCUGGUCCUAUGUGCCUGUUAGUUUAGAAAUUAGUCCAAUCUCAGUGGGACUCGCUCCCUGGCAAAGCGUGCGCAGUACUAAGUGCCGCACUCAUUUCAGUUUCAGAGCACAUUUGAUGAGGACUGAGCUUCCCCCACACACACUCAUUUUCCUCCGCUUUGGGGGGUCACGGACCUUUCCCCUAAAUCGAUGCCUCCAGCAACAAGGAAGAAAAAAUCUCAGUGAGGCUGCGCUCCUUUGUUAUGCUAAGGCUCUGAUCCUAACCGUGUUUGCCCUGAAGGAAGAAGUGCUAGAGAAUUCAGUGGGGCUUUUUGUUGUUGUUGUUUAGUCGUUUAGUCGUGUCCGACUCUUCGUGACCCCAUGGACCAGAGCACGCCAGGCACUCCUGUCUUCCACUGUCUCCCGCAGUUUGGUCAAACUCAAGUUGGUAGCUUCGAGAACACUGUUCAACCAUCUCGUCCUCUGUCGUCCCCUUCUCCUUGCGCCCUCCAUCUUUCCCAACAUCAGGGUCUUUUCCAGGGAGUCUUCUCUUCUCAUGAGGUGGCCAAAGUAUUGGAGCCUCAGCUUCAGGAUCUGUCCUUCCAGUGAGCACUCAGGGCUGAUUUCCUUCAGAAUGGAUAGGUUUGAUCUUCUUGCAGUCCAUGGGACUCUCAAGAGUCUCCUCCAGCACCAUAACUCAAGAGCAUAAAUUCUUCGGCGAUCAGCCUUCUUGAUGGUCCAACUCUCACUUCCAUACAUCACUACUGGGAAAACCAUAGCUUUAACUAUACAGACCUUUGUCGGCAACUCUCGGGUAAAUGGGGUUAGGGUUGCAGCUUAACAUGGAAGUAAAGCUUUAUUCAGAAAACUGGGUCUUAGAGACACUUAGAGAAUUAGGCGGCCCUUUACUGUUAAACCGUCCGAUAGACACCUCCGCAAUAUCUCUCCUGUAGGUUGAAUGCUAUCGAUUUGAACAGCGCUGCUGAUCGGCCUUUGAAAUCAAUGCAACUGGCUUCUAAAUAAGAACAACCGUUGCCAGCGGUGUGUCUGAACCUUUCGCAGUUCUGCGUUUUUGGGUUUGGAAAACGAGCACCGCCACACACUCCUCCACCUUCCAGGAGUAGUAGUUGUUGUUGUUGUUGUUUAUUAAAUUUGUAUACGCCCUUCAUCCCAAGGUCACAGGAGGGUUCAUCACAUAGAAUUAAGAAACAAGAACACAAAAUGCAUAACAAUAAGACCAAACAAAAGCAAACCAAUCACACACACCCUCCCACAAACGCCUUUGAAAGGUCAUAGACUGUUUAAUCAGCCAAAGGUUAGGUUAAAGAGGAGCGUUUUCGCCUGGCGCCUAAAGGUGCAUAAUGAAGGCGCCAGGCAAGCCGCCCUGGGAGAGAAUUCCACAAAGGGGGAGCCACUGCAGAAAAGGCCCUGUUCUCCUGUUGCCACCCUCCCUGCCUUUCGUGGAGGAAGCACACAAAAGCCUCAGAUGAGGAUCACAGGGUCCAAGGUGGUUCAUAUGGGGUCGGUUUCACUGGUGGUGGUGUACCCUGGAUAAGUAAAAGCCAGACUGCAGGCCACACCUUCCAAGGGAGGUCGGGAUUCUGCGCUUAGUGCGUACAGACCCCUGUAUGACUGCAGUGGGAAUCACUUCCGAAAACUGUGAAGUUCACGUCCAGCUGUGUGUUCCAGGACUGACUACGAAACCAGAGAGACUUAAAAGCAGCGGCGAGGGUGUGCGUUUCCCAGAUUUUGCUGUUUUGGAGAGGUUACUUUUUUUGGUAUUCCAAAAAACAAACCCUUUCUUCGUUUGCUUGGCUUCGAUGGCCCUUCAUGGCCCCUAUCACAGUCCAGGCAGUCCGGACGGGGUCCCUUUCGCCUGAAGUCCACAAAACUUCCGCCGCUGGGGAAGGAAAGUUGGGACGAGGUGGGGGCCUCUUGCCAGGAUGCCAUUGACUCCGUCCUGAUCUUUCCCCUCCUGUCUCUCUUUUGGAGGAGUGGCAUCUGUCCUAUCGAUUUAACAAGGAUUUGCCAUUGCACUAAAUGACGAAAAAUUGCGCGCGCGGUCACACCCCCCCCCCGCACCCCGUCCUUUUUUCUUGCCUGACUGGCUUUUUGCAGCUGAUGUCCUUUGAGCGCUCUUUCCUCAGGGCGAGUUGUCUCUCCCCAUAAAUACUCUCCCUCUCCGACCUCGAUAGGGGAGAUCCUCUAGAACCAGCCCCACUGCGGGAACGGGCGGUGGGGUCUGGCAAAGUAGGAACCAGUUUGGGGGGGUGGGGGGAGCAGGUGUGGCUGGGUGCUUUGCUGGGUGGGGUUAUCAGCAGCACGUAGGGUCUCCUUCGUUCUCCCCUCCCUGCUAACUCUCCUGAGCGGCUCGGUGGUUCUUUUGCUAAGCCAAGAUGUUGGGAAGCGAGAUCAAGCCUCCUCUGACCUGUCCGCCUUGUAAUAACGAUGUAGGGUUCUUGCAAAGGAACAACAGCCUGGAAGACAAGAGCCGGCUGGUGAGCGCGCUCAAGGAAAGGCAAUCUUCCAAGAACCUGCUGGCCUGCGAGAACAGCGAGAAGGAAACCCGGUUCCGGAGGACUGAGACGGACUUCUCAAACCUCUAUGCCCGGGGUAAAUAAAUUCUUCUUCUUCUUCUUCUUCUUCUUCUUCUUCUUCUUCUUCUUCUUCUUCUUCUUCUUCUUCUUCUUCUUCUUCCUGCUGCUAAUUCUUCUUUCCCAGGUAGGGCACAUUCCCACUAACAGGGGCUCCUUUCCCAAAAGGAAAGGGGAAGCGUUGAGUUGUCUGAUCUUGAGUCAUACCACUGGUCCAUCUAGUUCAGUGCUUCUUGCACUGAACUAGCAGGGCACUUCAGCGUUUCAGCCUGAAGAUGCUGAGGACUGGACAUGAUACUUUCUUAAUGAAAAACAGUUCUCAACCUACCGGUAUAGCCCUUCUCCUAAAGAUACUGGCACAUUGCUUAAGAGAAUCAUUGGCCCAUUGGUAGCUCAGUGAUUGCCCUGGCUGGCCUUGAUCUCAGAAAGGGGAUAUUUCCCACCCUACCUGGAGAAUGCUGGGCUGGGUGAAUUUGAGACCUUUUGCAUACAAAGUAGAUGUCCCACCACUGAAUUAUGGCCCUUCCCUAAUAUUUGAGGGGGGGACAGGGGGGAGGAGAGAGAUGGUCCAUAGAGGUUUAAAGGCUGCAAUCCUAACUCCACUUUCUGGGGAGUAAACCCCGUUGAUUUCAGUAGGACUUGCUUCUGAGUAGACAUGGUUGGGAUUGCGCUGAUGGGGAAUUAUGCACAGAGUGAAGAGAAGUGUCCCUUGACCUAACACACAUACACACACACUUUCUCACACAACUUAAAAUGGGAGUCGUCCACUGAAGCUGACAGGAGAAUCACCAAUACAGGCAAAAGAAAGUCUUUAUCUAUCCCAAGUUUAUUAAUGUAUUGGAGUCACCGACGCAAGAUGUGGUGAUGGCCACUGGCUUAACCACCACCAGUUAAGAAGUGAGUUGCAUUGAAUUCAAGGGGGCUUACUCCCAGGUAAGUGGGGUUAGCGUAACAGCUUUAGAUGGAGUUAUAAUAGUGGGGAUUUGGACAAAAUUCAUGGCUUGUCAGCCACCAUAGCUAUAUGAAGCUUCCGUGUGCAGAGACAUUAACAGCAGUUGCUGGGGGAGGGUACACAGUGUGUGGGAAGUGUUGCCUUCAUGACUUGCUUAUAUGGGCUUCCAGGGGCACUUGCCUGAUCAGACUUCUGCUGGUAACAGGACACUAGGCUAGGCAGGCUUUAAUUCUGGUGCAGCAGGGCUCUUAGCUAGCAGCCCCCACUUAAGCUGAGACGUGACAGUAGUGCUGUGAUGACUCCAUAGAAGUGAAAGGAAACAUACUUUUUCCGAAAGCAUAGGCAUUCCUCUCUUUUUCAGGCGUUUCAGGCUUUGAGUCAUGCAUGCAGAUCGUGUAGCUCAGGGUUUGACGAAGCUGAAUUCAAAUUCAGCACCAAGGAGAGCUCCUACAGAGCAACAUGUAAAAUCAAGGGCUGGAGGUGGUCUUUUGAGCCACUCGGUCCCAGCUCCUGCCAACCUAGCAGUUCGAAAGCACGUCAAAGUGCAAGUAGAUAAACAGGUACCACUCUGGCGGGAAGAUAAACAGCAUUUCCGUGUGCUGCUCUGGUUCGUCAGAAGCGGCUUAGUCAUGCUGGCCACAUGACCCAGAAGCUGUACGCUGGCUCCCUUGGCCAGCAAAGCGAGAUGAGUGCCACAACCCCAGAGUCGUCUGCGACUGGACCUAACGGUCAGGGGUCCCUUUACCUUUACCUUUACCUCCAAUCCACUUCUCCUGUACUCCUCUCCCUUUAUUGGGGCCCUAGGAACUUAUAAAAUGGCAAACUCAGCCAGUCAUACUGUAGCCUCUGACUGCAGCAGGCAAUGUGCUUUCGGUGUCCAAGAAGCUGCUUCCCACAAUAGCUCCCAUUUAGGUAGGUCAGAAGCUGCUGAAAGACCACAGUCAUGAUUCUACAUGUACUCUGAAAAGGUGUAGACAUUAAUUAUUCAAGACUGUUUCAGAUCGCUUGCCAUGUGGAGUUAAAUUUAAGAAUUUCAGAAACACACACACACAUUGCAAUCAACAGAUCUGAAUCCACACAGUAGGAGCCUUCAACUACUAUAUAUAAGCAAAGAUGCACUAAAGCUAGUUAUAUUCAUGCUUGUGGGUGGUUUCCAAAGAUAUAAAACAUAUAGCAAGCUGUUAAUGCACCACAAAUGUAAGAUAAAUGUAUUUGAAUGAGUGGGUUUUUUGUGGGGGAGGGGAGAUUGAGAUAGAAAGAGCUCAGUAAUUUCUAACAUUGAGAGGCACAGACCUUCCUGGAAGUAAGCCUUGCCCCCAAACCACCAACACACAAGGGGAUAGUUUAUAGUUGCCCAGUGAUGCAGGAAAGGCACUCUGUACAUGCUCAAAGACACUUGCUCUUCAGAGAGACAAUUGUGUUAGUUUGUUGUCGCAAAACAAAAAAGAGGCCUGAAGCACCUUGAGGACUAUUAGAUUUGUCACAACACAAGGUUUUGUGGGCUUCAAGCUCUACCAUCAGACACAUGUUAUUUUUGUUCUGUUCUUGAGUAUGGAAGGAAAUAUUGAAAACAGUGGGGCCAGAGUUCAACAGGAGCAACAGCCUGUGUAACUAUUCUGACCGGGUCCCUGUAUUUUUAAUAGCUUGCUUAAAAGCAGAAAUUCAGCAAGUGGCCUCAUCAUCCUCCGUCGCCACCUCCCCACCGUAUAAUAUAAUAUAAUAUAUAAUCUGACAGACUGAGGAUAACACUUCAUACCUCUGACCAAGCAGGCUCUGGUUAGUUCAUGAAAUUUUAUGCCAUAGUAAAUCUGUUAGUUUUUAAGAUGCCACAAAGUGUUGUUCUGCAUAGUUCCUCAUAGUCCCAGGUCAUAUAAAGCAGGCAGAGUGGUGUGUGUUUUGGUUCACACCACACUUCUUUUUUGGCUAGCCCCCCGCCCCCCCCCAUUAAAUCAGGGUUCACCAACCUUUCUGAGAAUUGAGAUGGAAUCCUUUUCUUCCCUACACUUCUUGCAUUUCUCCAGUUAAAGGGUUACCUGCCUGGGGAGGGGGGGGGCCUUGAGACAGGUGUGCCAACUGCUUUUCAGCUAGGGAUCUAGUGCCUUUAAGAGUUGUGUGACAGGCAAAAAUCCAGCAAGUUCCUUUCUCUCUUUCUUUUGCAAAACCGCUCCCAGUCAGUGCCCACAAUACUGGUGUUAGCUGGACCAAUGGUCCGACUUAAUAUAGCACAGCUUCCUAGAACCCCAGAAUUGGAAUGGGCCAUGAGGGUCACCUAGUCCAACUCUCUGCAAUGCAGGAAGAUUUCACUCAACGUGGGGGCUUGAACCUACAGCCCUGCGAUUAAGUGGGCCCCGGCUCUAAAUAGGUUAGAGAUACCGGUACCUUCCCUAGAUGCAGUGAUGAGGAGAGUGAGUAUGGAGACAAGGACACUCUUGCUUUCUGGGGGUGGGGGGAAUAAUCCAGAGCACCACAUCCUGUUUUUACAUGUGUGUGUACUAACACGGAUCAGAAUAUCCACAUCUCCCCAAAGCAUGCAUUGAAAGAACGCAGAAAUUCCAUCCAUUUUCCUGUUUAGCUACCCUGUUCUUGAGCACAGAGAUGGCGAAGGGUUUUAGUGGUCUUAAGUUUGCAUAUUGGUAUGCUAGUGGGAGCUAUUCUGCAUUAACCAAUGGCGCUGUGGGUUAAACCACAGAGCCUUGGGCUUGCCGAUCAGAAGGUCGGCGGUUCGAAUCCCCGAGACGGGGUGAGCUCCCGUUGCUCGGUCCCUGCUCCUGCCAACCUAGCAGUUUGAAAGCACAUCAAAGUGCAAGUAGAUAAAUAGGUACCGCUCCGGCAGGAAGGUAAACGGCAUUUCUGUGUGCUGCUCUGGUUCGCCAGAAGCGACUUAGUCACGCUGGCCACAUGACCCGGAAGCUGUAUGCCGGCUCCCUUGGCCAGUAAAGUGAGAUGAGCGCCGCAACCCCAGAGUCGGUCACAACUGGACCUAUGGUCAGGGGUCCCUUUACCUUUACCUUUAGCAAAAGACAGUCAGUGUGGUGUAGCGUUGAAGAGGGUUAGUCAACAACAUGUUGCACUGUUUCUUGUUAGUUGUAUAGUUUUGCUGAUCCAAAAAUUAAUUUAAAAAAACACGAUAAAAAGAGUGUUGGCCACUGGGGAGACCCCGAUUCAAAGUCCCACUUGGUCAAAAAGCUUGAGGUGCAACAUGGGUCCACUCAUUCCAUCUCUCAGUCUAACCUUUCUCACAGGGUUGUUGUGAAGAUAGUGCAGGUGACUUGUUAAGAGUCUGUGUACUUCCUUGAGCUCCUUGAAGGAAAACCAGGGUAUAAUUGUACUCAGUCAAUAAACAUGCACUUAGGAGUAGCUUGGCGAAAGAGGAUGACAUGGGGGUGGGGAGAGAUAUCGCACACCCUCUUGUUGGCCUCCCUUAACAUGGCUGUUGUUGUUUUAUCGGUCCCUUCCUCAGAUCUGCUACCAGCUAAGAAUGGUGAGGAGCAGACGGUGCAAUUCCUCCUGGAGGUGGUGGACAUUCUCCUGACGUAUGUGAGGAAGACCUUCGACAGGUCCACCAAAGUCCUGGACUUCCACCACCCACACCAGCUCCUGGAGGGCAUGGAAGGCUUCAACCUUGAGCUGUCUGACAACCCAGAGUCACUCGAGCAGAUCCUGGUGGACUGCAGGGACACACUGAAAUACGGAGUCAGGACAGGUGAGAGAAUGCCCUGGAGCUCUGUCCAGAAGUGA